AGUUGAAUAUGACGGAGCUAUUGUAAAACUUACGGUCAACAUAAUCCUCCUCCUCUUUACACUACUUGGGAUCUAUGGAACUACUUCAGAUAAAUCUUGUCCUCUGCUCCCAGCAAUAAUAGGGGAAUUUUUUGUUUGGCUCCUGAUUGCUCUCAUCUCACUUGGAGUAUGUAUGAUACUCAUUUUGUUCAGUCCUGGAGACAUAGAUAUGACAACGUCUGUCGCGAUCUUGGUCAUAGUGAUCAUUGUACUCAUAUUCCUGUUCUAUCUGUGGCUGUGUCUAGUGAGCCACUACCAACUCUACGUGAGAUUGAGAAAAUAGCUCAGGACAAGGUUCAGAUUAUGCAGUACCCAUACGAUGAAGAUGCAAUGUCUGAUCCACACUAUGGAGAUUAUCCUACUGCAAGAACUGAUGUAUCCCCUCCGCCAGAGUAUACUCCGCCAGAGGAUGCUGAAAUUACUCCUCCAGAGUAUACCCCUCCUAAGAAGCCAAUACCAGACGACCCAGAGUUGGAGGAUAUAAGCCUGGAUGAGAAAAUCUCUAAAUGAAACUUGAAAAAUUGUAGAUUUUACAUUUGUGGAUUAUGGAGAAAAUGUCAUAUUUGUAUUCUAAUUGUCGACUUCAAUUAAUUAUAUUUCAAGGUUUUUUAAUUACCUACAUUUCCUGUAUGUAGAAUUAAGUAAAGUAUUAAAUAUUGCUAAAUUAGCACCUGGUAAAAAAUGUGAUAUAAUUAUCAACUCAAUGUGAUUGAAAAAAUGGUUUUGUAUAGAAUUAUAAGGGUCAGUACAUAGUAUAUACACAGUUAGGACAAGAAAAUGUACUAACCUUUCAGUAGUAAAAUGCUGCAGAGAUCAGGAGAGAAAUUUUAUUUAAAAGGAAAUUAUCUAUAAACAAGACCAAUGUAUCUCUUGUCCUAUCUGUUGUGUAUAUCUGUGGUUAAAACAAGAGUACAUUUUAUCAGUUUCUAACAAGAAUAAGUUUUUCGAUUAAUAAGUAAACAUGUAAUUAUAUUAGAUAGGAUAUUUCGAGAUUUUAAACAAGUAAUCUUUCAUUUUAUAGAUGUGUUAUAACCAGCCUCAAUAGUAAACAUUUCAACCUUUGAAUAAGUAAACAUUCAACAAUUUUACUAUAAAAAUAAUUCAUUUGGGUUCAGCUUUACAAAGAUUUGACCUGUGUAUACAGACUGGAAUUAAAAUGAUCAUGGCUUUUAAUUUAGAUAUUUUUUCAACUGAAGGUGGUAAAAUGUUUACAUAACAUUAAUUGGUUGAAGGUUUACUUGAAAUGAUUCCUUUACUAUAUUUCUGAUGAUAUUUACCAUUACAAACCUUUAAUAUUAAGGAAAAUUUAUGUUUAUUGUAUUUAACUAUUUGUGUAGAUAUAUAUGUUGCAAAUAUAA